UGAAAACACCUGCCUCACACCCACAGCCAGCUGUAUGACUAUACCCUGCGAUGAUAAGGGCUGGCUUUCAAUGGCCAGACUUGAACCUUGCUCCCUGUGAGAGUUUCGCAGCCUAAGGUGGAGUCCUGCCACUCACCUGCUGUUUCAGGAAAUGAAGCUUUGAUCCAUUUCACUCACCUCAGCGGGAGCUCUCACACAGAUAACAACACCAGCAUGACGUUUUCCCGGAAAUCACGGAGUAACCUUUUCUACAUCUGUUUAUCACUGUGUUCAACUGGAGUGGUGUCACAAGGGUUCCAGCUGGAGCCGCUGAAUUCCACAGUGCUACAAGGAUCUGAUGUGCAAUUCAACGCCACGGUGCAGGGAAAAUGGGAUUUCAUGACUUGGCAUGUUGGAGACCUUCUGGUUCUGUCUGUUCUAUCCUCCAGUACCAGUAACAUAACCUCAUCUUCACAGCAGUAUUCAGCCAGCUUCUGCUCCAGCGACACCAGCUGUGUGAGGUUCACUAUCCACAAUGUCACCCGCAGCCAGUCCGGGUCAGUCAUGUGCAGCGUGCUGGGAUCGUUUGGGUCAAAGACGGCACAGCUUUAUGUACAAGAGAGCGGUAAGGUUAGCAUCAUGGAAGGGAACAUGACGGUGGUACAGGACCAGCUCGUGAAGUUCCAGUGUGUAGCAUCUGCUUGGUUCCCCAUACCUACUAUCGGCUGGACCCAGAAUGGUGAAGCUGUGAACAACAGUCUGUACAACACCACCAGCACGGCUGAUGGGGAUUCCUUCAACUCCACCAGUGUCCUAAAUUUCCAGGCAGUGCGCAACACGAUAGUGGAGUGUUGGGCUACUGUGCCAGCACUGACAAACCCACAAACUAGCUCUGUCUUCUUGGUGGUUGAUCCCAAGCCCACUGACUGGACUGUGCUCAUAGCUGUGGUUGUGUCCAUUGGAGGUGUUGCUCUACUGGUUUUGCUCAUCCUAGGAAUCAUCUUUUGCUACAAACGCAGGAAAGAAAAACAACCCAACUACCAAGAUGAAAUGAGUAGGAGGGUGAGAACACAGAGCGAGAUAGGUGGCAUCAAUGCAGCUGAACAGACAGAGGGACAAGUGAACGCAGGAUAUGUGCCGGAGGGUCAAACAAACGUCGCUCCCAGUGAGCACUCUGACAGCGGCUUUUGCCAGGCAAAUGGCUCCGGUGUUGUUGAGAUGCCUGAUAUUGUAAAGAGUAACCCUGUAAGAAAUGGCGACAGAAGUGCCGACAACACUGUGGAUGAAGCAGGCUUCAAGAAACACAGACAUGUCACCAUUGUGUAAAGACAGACAGAGGACAAAGAUGUCCUCAAAUGUUUACAGGUUUUGGCAGAAACAUGCACAGCACCUUGUUGCUUUAUUUUGGCUUCCAAAGAUUGAAGAAAUACGGGAGGACUGAAUCUACCCAGAACAAGGACUAACGUCAAGGCUGUUGGCAGAGGAGACGUAAAGUAUACUGGGAAUGUAUUUUGUUCACUGCCUGUAUAACGCUGUAUCAGCAGAAUGUAAACUUCAUAAAUCACAUAUGCUGAAAAGACAUUUAGCUUGCAAAAAAAUGUGCGUCCUUUCUGAAUGUGGCUUUUGAAAGAGCUACAAUAAAGAUUUGCAUGCAUUUGCAGGGGCAGCACCCUCACAGACCAAGUUAGCGCAGCUAACAGCUUAACAGCUGGAGACACAGCUGAGGCUGUACCAGCACAAACUCUUGGUUGUUGGUAGCUUAACAUACCGAAACUAUAUUUUGGCUAUGUUUAGUUCAUUUGUACGAAACCAUUUUUAUUCAAGCGUUCUAUAAUUCAAAUUGAAUAUCAAAAGGGAAUGUUCUGCAUCUGUAAAUGUCAGAGAACUGAAUCCUUCUUAAAUGUAAUACUUAGAUGACUGCUUUCUGAUCAGUUGCCUGUUUUUAAGAAAAGAUAAAAUAGAGAUAAACCAAUAAACAAUUCCGUAAACGCAGCAGUGAUUCAAAGAUUCAAACAAAGGAAUAUUUUACAUGUAUAAAUUGUCAGUACCUUCUAAAACCAAUUUCCAUUUGUAAUUAAAUUCUACUGUCUACUGCAUACAUACAUUUUGAAAUA